GAUCUGAAUCGCAUCUUCAUCUUCAUUCUUAUCACUGUCAUACCAUAUUCAUCAUGUCUGCAAAGGCCAUUUCUGAGUUUUCCGGGAAACACUUAUUAGCCCAUUGGCUGCCAUUGUGUAGUGCAUCGUUUGUUGACCAAUCUGCCAGCAAUCCAUCUGCUACUACGAUCGAUCAUGCUGUUUCUACUCGCAUGGCUUCUCUUGUAUUUGAUAUAUCUGAAUUAGUAGCUGCUGAGGCUGCAGCCAGUGUUGCUAGUAGUGGUACUCCCACUGCAGCUGGCAUUCCUCCCGCGUCUGUAGUUGCUGCACAGGCUCAGAAAAUGUUUGAUACUCAUAUGGCAGCAGUCUUUCAAGCUGCAGAAAGUAAACACCCUUGGUUACUCUCUGGUUGUCGUCUAGUAUGCAAACCUGAUCAGCUGGUUAAACGCAGAGGAAAGAAUGGUCUGCUAGGCAUUAAUCUAGAUUGGAAUGCUGUCAAGGCUUGGAUUUCAGCCAGAGCAGGCAAGAAGAUCAAGAUUGAUCGUAGUACUGGAUAUCUACACACUUUCUUGGUUGAGCCUUUUUGUCCGCAUCCACAAGACUCGGAGUUUUACAUUUGCAUUCAGUCUGUUCGUGAUGGUGAUCAAAUCUUCUUUACUCAUGAAGGAGGUGUCGAUGUCGGUGAUGUUGAUGCCAAGGCUCGCAAAAUGCUGAUUCCUGUUGGAAGCACUAUACCCACCACAAAGGAUGUUGUUGCUGCUCUUCUUUCUGAUAUUCCUGCAUCAAAAGUUGAUACUCUAGUUCAUUUCAUUUCUCGUCUGUAUGCUGUCUAUGUCGAUUUACAGUUCACUUAUUUGGAAAUUAACCCACUGGUUGUCUUGGACCCUGUUGGCAGUGCCCCCGCUCAAAUAUUCUACUUGGAUCUAGCUGCCAAGCUUGACCAGACUGCUGAUUUUGAAUGUGGAAAAAAAUGGUCUGAUGGAUUGCGUAUUGCUUAUGCGUCCGAUCCAUCCAGCUUGCUUGGUCCAGCUAUUCAAUUUCCUGCUCCAUUUGGACGUGAGCUUACCAAAGAGGAGUCCUACAUUGCCGAUCUUGAUGCAAAAACUGGUGCGUCUCUUAAAUUAACAGUCAUGAAUGCUUCUGGACGUAUCUGGACCAUGGUUGCUGGUGGCGGUGCAUCGGUCGUUUACUCUGAUGCCAUUGCUGCUCAUGGCUUUGCCCAUGAACUUGCCAACUAUGGUGAGUAUUCUGGUGCACCUUCUGAAAGUCAGACCUAUGAAUAUGCCAAGACCAUUUUGGAUUUGAUGACACGUGGUGCUCCUCAUCCAGAGGGCAAGUUUCUGUUUAUUGGUGGUGGUAUUGCCAACUUUACCAAUGUUGCUGCUACCUUUAAAGGUAUCAUUCGUGCUCUUCGCGAAUUCCAGCAGCGUCUGCAAAAUCAUGCCGUCAAGAUCUAUGUGCGUCGUGCUGGUCCCAAUUUCCAAGAAGGUCUGCGUUUGAUGCGCACUGUUGGCGACACUCUUGGACUCGAUAUUCACGUUUUUGGUCCAGAGAUGCAUGUCACUGGCAUCGUGCCUCUUGCUCUCAAGGGAGAUGCCAAGGGUUCAAAUGUGCUCAUUGGCACUGAUGCUUCCAAUGCCAAUUUGCUUGGUCUUUCUGAGCCCUCUUCCACUUCCAACAGCAGCAAUGCUCCAAGUGGCGUUGUGCACCAGGCAACCAGUUCCAUACUUGAUCAACAUCUGCUCACCGACAUUCCAUUUACCAAGACAUCUCGGGCCUUCAUUUAUGGCAUGCAGCCUCGCGCUGUUCAAGGAAUGUUUGACUUUGACUUUAUGUGCAAGCGUGAACAACCCUCUGUUGCGUGCAUGAUCUAUCCCUUUGGUGGCCAUCAUGUUCAAAAGUUUUAUUGGGGAACCAAAGAAACUCUUUUACCUGUUUACACCUCAAUUGCUGAAGCCUGUCUGCGCUUUCCUGAUGUUUCUAUUGUCAUCAACUUUGCAUCCUUCCGCUCUGUUUAUGAAAGCACUCGUGAACUGCUCCAGUAUCCCAAGAUUAAAACCAUUGCAAUUAUUGCAGAAGGUGUUCCCGAGCGACGUGCUAGACAGAUUUUAUGGGAGGCAAAGGAAAAGGGCGUGCUGAUUAUUGGACCUGCUACUGUCGGUGGCAUCAAGCCAGGCUGCUUUAAAAUCGGCAAUACAGGUGGUAUGAUGGACAAUAUCGUUUCUUCUAAACUGUAUCGCCCUGGAUCUGUUGCAUAUGUAUCCAAAUCUGGCGGCAUGUCCAACGAGCUCAACAACAUUAUUUCACGCGCUACUGAUGGUGUAUAUGAGGGUGUUGCUAUUGGUGGUGAUCGUUAUCCUGGAUCUACGUUUAUUGACCAUAUGCUUCGCUAUGAAGCAGACUCCAAUGCCAAGAUUCUGGUUCUUCUUGGUGAAGUAGGUGGUGUUGAAGAAUACGCCAUUGCAGAGGCAGUCAAGGCUGGCCAUAUCAAAAAACCUGUUGUUGCUUGGUGUAUUGGUACCUGCGCCAAGAUGUUCACUACCGAUGUACAGUUUGGCCAUGCUGGCUCUUUUGCAAACUCUAACAUGGAAACCGCAGAUGCUAAAAACAAGGCACUGGCUGAUUCUGGUGUUAUUGUUCCCCCCACUUUUGAGGAUUUACCUCAGACUCUUGCUCAGGUUUACAAAAAUAUGCUUGCCAAGUCUGAAAUUCAGCCAUUUGUAGAGCCUCCUGUACCCAAGAUUCCUAUUGACUACUCGUGGGCUCAAGAGCUUGGUUUAAUCCGAAAACCCGCUUCAUUCAUCUCCACUAUUUGUGAUGAUCGUGGACAGGAGCUGCUUUAUGCAGGCAUGGCCAUUUCGGAGGUUUUCAAGGAGGAGAUUGGUAUAGGCGGUGUUCUUUCACUUCUUUGGUUCAAGCGUCGUUUGCCUUCUUAUGCAAACAAAUUUAUUGAAAUGGUUCUCAUGCUCACUGCCGAUCAUGGUCCUGCAGUUUCUGGAGCACACAACACCAUUGUCACUGCCCGUGCUGGAAAAGAUCUGAUCUCAUCGCUUGUUUCUGGUCUAUUGACAAUUGGAGAGCGAUUUGGCGGAGCACUUGAUGGAGCAGCUCAGCUGUUUUCACAAGCAUAUGAUCAGGGACUUACGCCUCAAGAGUUUGUGGAUUCUAUGCGCAAAAAGCAUCAACUUAUUUUGGGCAUUGGCCACAAGAUCAAAUCACGAACCAACCCAGAUCUGCGAGUCUCGAUUGUCAAGGAGUUUGUUCAGAAAAACUUCCCAUCCUGUGAUAUUCUCAACUAUGCAAUUGAAGUAGAGAAGAUUACUACAAGCAAAAAAGACAACCUUAUUCUUAACGUAGACGGUGCUGUUGGUGUAGCUUUUGUAGAUGUGCUGCGAUCCUGUGGAGCAUUCAGUCGGGAUGAAACCGAAGAGUAUAUACGUAUUGGAACACUCAAUGGAUUGUUUGUACUUGGUAGAAGUAUUGGAUUUAUUGGACAUUACUUGGAUCAAAAACGAUUAAAACAGGGACUGUACCGACAUCCUUGGGAUGAUAUUUCGUACAUGACACCUGAGCAGGAAGCCAUGAUGAUGGGAGCAGAUGGUACUGGUGAGGGCAAUGAAGUUGGUGUAGGUGGUACUGGACGUACACUUGCAGAAAGUGGAGCAGUAGUUGCUCGUGGUGUUUCGAAUGCCUAGUAGAUUAGGAAACACUUUACAAAUGAAACAUUUAUGAAUGCAGUAU